UGAGUGCCGACUAACAUGCUUUUUUGGCUGGAGCGGGCAUCACGUCACCCGGAUUUUCCGCAAUGGGAGCCCGGAGGAUGACCCUUCGUCUUCAAGCAAGGACCAGGCUAUGAUAAGCAUCAUGGUGGAAAGGUCUUCCAAUCCCGACACCUGCACCAGCAGAAGGGUUUAAUCCCAACAAACCCGAGAAAGGCACAGGGUAGAUGGCAUGCUAUUACGUUGCCGAGGACACGGCCUGCAGUACUAAACCCGAUGAUUUCUUCACUGCAAAAGAUUCAAAUCGUCAUGGCAAGGGAGAUCGGCUUGGUAUCUACUGUGGGUAUGCAUCGGAUCUCAACACAGAUCAUUGGGUCCCCAAGAAUGCCAAACCCGGAUAUCCUCCCACUUGGGGUACCCGGGGCAAGCACUGCGAUGUGAUCUUUACUUAUCGAGCGCCCGUCAACGCUGCCUGGCUCGUUCUCAAGCCAGGGAUUCAGUCCGAGAAGGACCUGCAGACCGCUAGCGACUGUCCUUACCAGCUGAAAUAUCAGGUUGGCCCGUAUCUUGAGAGCAAGCAGUUUCCCAUGGACACUAAAACGGGUUGUUACCACAUCAACAAAGAUGAUCGAUGUGGGGCUGACUGGUUCACAGUCACGGCGAACAAUGUUGAUCAUCUCGGUGUUUACUGUGCUGCAAAGCCUGAAGACUUUAUCCCGAAGGCCGCAUUUGCAAUAAUGUUUGGCUGGCAAAAGACCUCGUUGGUACUUCGACGAGAGUCUUUACUCAUGGAUUCUUUAUUCAGGGUGGUAAGCCUCCUCAUGCCCGCGAGCAACAUGAUUCUUGCCGCUUCGGUAAAGCUUGGAGUAGCCUGCACACCACAACAUAUCAGAGGGGCGUCCCUUCCUAUAGUUCUACUUUAGAAGAGCACUAAGCACCUUCAGCUGCACUUUGGUCGUUAUGACAGUGGAACCAUAGACAGUGCUUCAGCGUCAUCUUGAACACUGAUCCAGUAUCAUUGAUGAAUUACACAGUGACUAGUGCUGGAGAGCUUGCUCAGGAAAACAACAGCUGCAACGCGACAU